UGUGCUCCUCCUAAAUCCUCCUAAUCUGCUCGCGCUCUCUGCGUCUCUCUGAGGGAGUUGAAAUGGUAGCAUUAGCAGGUUUCUCAGCCCCUCCGAGGCUGAGCUUUUCAUUGGGUUCUUGCCGCAGUAGUAACUCAACAUCUCUUCCUUUGUUGCCUCUCAGUCUCAGGUGCAGAAAUUCGACGCCCAAGUCCACAGUCUCUGCCUUGCACACUCCGUACGGCGAUUCUUUAGCAACUAGUGGAUUAUCAAGUAGAACUUGUGGGUCACCUCUAAAGCUUGACGGCAACGAUUUUGGUGAUACCAGUACAAGUUAUGGUGCAAUAGAAGCCAAAAAAGGGAAUCCACCCAUACUCCCAGCUGUGAUGACCCCAGGUGGACCAUUGGAUCUCUCAUCUGUAUUAUUCAGGAACCGUAUAAUCUUCAUUGGGCAGCCAGUCACUUCAGCGGUGGCACAACGAGUCAUAUCCCAGCUUGUGACUUUGGCUACUAUUGAUGAGAAUUCAGAUAUACUGGUGUAUUUGAACUGCCCUGGUGGGAGUACAUACUCUGUUUUGGCAAUUUAUGACUGCAUGUCUUGGAUCAAACCUAAGGUAGGAACAGUAUGUUUCGGAGUAGCUGCAAGCCAAGGAGCACUUCUUCUUGCUGGGGGAGAAAAAGGAAUGCGCUAUGCGAUGCCAAAUGCACGAAUCAUGAUACACCAACCACAGAGUGGAUGUGGGGGCCACGUGGAAGAUGUGAGGCGCCAAGUGAAUGAAGCAGUUCAAACUCGCCAUAAAGUCGACAAAAUGUAUGUUGCGUUUACUGGGCAAUCUCUAGAGAAAGUGCAACAGUACACUGAGAGGGAUCGUUUCUUAUCUGUUUCCGAGGCUAUGGAAUUCGGGCUUAUUGAUGGCGUGCUGGAAACCGAAUAUUGAUUCCAAAUUUGUACCGUUUGUUGUCUUAAAAUUUCAAUGUUUUACAAAUUAUGAUCGGUCAUCAGUUAUCCAGUUUAUUUGAUUCCAAUGUUGCUGCCUCACUUCACCUUGUGAUGAAUGCCAUAUUCGAUCAUUUUGGCUUUCAAGAUUUAA